AUGUAUAACAUGUACGCGUGUUCGCCCGUGUUUGCAGAUCCAUUGGAGAUGAAGUUUCCGCUGCUUUUCAAGCCACUGCACUUCUACAGGGACAAGAGCGAGGUGCCGGAGUGGCUGCGUCGCGCCAACCAGCAGAUCCUCGAUGCCGACUGCUACGUCAUCGUGUCGGCCGAGUACAACCACAGCAUCCCGCCCGCACUAUCUAACAUGAUCGACCACUUCCCGGGCAGCUCGUUCUCCUGGAAGCCCGCCGGAAUUGUUUGCUAUUCUCCGGGUAAGAUCGCUUUUUUAUUCCAGAAUCUCGUUCUCCGCCGGAAUCGUUUGCUAUUCUCCAGGUAAGAUCGCUUUUUUUUCCAGAAUCUCGUUCUCCGCCGGAAUCGUUUGC